CUGGGUGGACGUGUGCACUACGGCUUACAAAACCAAGUUUCAGUUAUACGGUGUACUUGACUGUGCGUGUUUUUGAACUAUCAUGUGGUUUUGUUGAUUUGGAAUAAUUUAGAUUUACUUAUAACAUAAUGGAACAAAUGAGCAAGUACCUCAUAAUCAUCACGUCGUUAAUGACUGUCAAGUUGACCGUCACCGAGAGCAAAAACGAGACGAAGCCCAAAAUUGAUAGACGUCACUACCAAAUGCCAAUCUUCAUCAAUGUCUGCGACAUUGUCGAUAGACGUUCGAAAGUACAUUGCUACUGCGACAGUAAUAAGCCUAAAAUGGCGACUCGAGCGGAUUGCUGGAUAUUCGGCGGUGGAUUAACUGAGGACGAUUCCAUAUGGCCGAGUUUUUCAUCACAAUCCGAAAUAGAACAUCUCAUGUUCAACGUUCGUACCGACGACGCGUUAACAUUUAUUCCAGCCAAAGCCAUCGUUCGACUCGACAGACUUAAGCAUUUAUCGAUCCAAUUCGGGACGAUCAAAACUAUACAUCCAUAUGCUUUUACUAAUUCUUCUACUUUACGCCAAAUUGUAUUGAAAUCGAAUAAAAUAACAAAUUUAGAAAAACAUUCCUUCUCGCAAAUGAUGAUGCUAUCAAACCUUAGCUUGGAUGAUAAUCAAAUAUCUGAACUAAAAACGGACGUAUUCUUUAAUUUACCCAAUCUUCAUGUAUUACAUUUGUCGAAUAAUAAUUUAAGCUUACUGCACGAAGGUUGUUUUAAGCACCUAAAUAAUCUCAUCGAACUAAAGUUAGAUAAUAAUUAUAUUUCAGUAGUAAUUAGGGAAAUGUUAGAGGGCUUGGAGAAUCUUUCUAGAUUGAACUUAAGAAAUAAUAAGAUAAACAUGAUUGGAAACUUGGCAUUUAGUGAGUUGUGGGGUUUGAAAGAAUUGAUGUUAGAUAACAACGCUAUAGAAUAUAUAUCAGAGAGAGCAUUUGGGGGACUAACGCAAUUGAGAAAGUUGACGUUGUCGGGGAAUAAACUGACAAGUUUUUACGAGGACAUACUUGAAGACAUAAGAAGUCUCAUCGUGUUGGAUCUAAGAGACAAUCUUUUGACGACAAUAUCGUACGAAACAAUACGACCUGUUGUAGAAAAUGACAAAUCCCUUUCAUCUGUGGUUUAUUUAGACGGUAACCCACUCAACUGUAACUGUCGUCUAUCCUGGAUAUAUGUUUUGCGUAAUGAAACUCAAGACAAUACAAUGAAACAUGCCCUCGAAAAAAUAUCCUGUGUUCCCGAUCCGGCUAACGAUAGACGACUCACUGAAGCGAAAGAUGAAGAAGUAGAUAAUGGUAAUGUCCUAGCUGACGACAACUACGAGUAUUACGAUAAAAGUGACGAUUAUAACAACGAUAAGGAAAAACCGAAAGCAAAUAAAGCCAUUAAACUGACAGAUAUCCCCUUGGAGACGCUACCUUGUCCAAAGGAAUUAAUGCAGUCGAUCGAGGAAACUUAUGGCCAUCCCGUACAGAAUGAGAUUAGAUUAAAAGCAUUUUCGAAUGUCGGAAGAGAUCUGCCUAACUUCCUUUUCAUUGCAACGUUGCUGAUAUUAUUUUAAAUUGUAAUAUUUAAAAGACAAAAACAA